AUGAAAAAGAUCGCUACCGAAGAUACUUGUCUCAUCCUCGCCUCGGAGGACUUCGUGUUGUCGGAAACCAACUUCACGCCUUGGGCCGACACGUAUAUCUUCACUAAUCAGUGUAUGCUGUCCACCGCAAAGGUCAAGACUAAGAACUUGCAGCUCAACACUUCUUCAUUUGUUGUUAACGCUACGAAUGCGACAAUUGAUGCUUCCGGUGAGGAUGGCGAGGAUAAUAUGGAAGAGCUUGCAAAGACGGCAGACGGCCAUACAGGUUACCAUAUUGUCUUUUCCUCCGCGCGCUGGUAUCCGGAUGAACCGAUGUCACUCUCUGUCAAAGGGGGAGAUGGCCGGUCCGGAUGGUCCGGCCUUGCCCAAGGGAAGAAUGGUGGGAAGGGCGGAGAUGGCGGUCCCGGAGGGACUGUCUACCUUCUCUACUCGGAUACAUUCCAACUCGUUAACGCUGCUGCCGGUGACUGGUUUUAUGAGAAGGACGAUGAGAAAAAAAAGGCCAAGGUUGCUGACUGGAUCGAGUACUGCAAGACUAUGAUCACCUGUCCUCAGACUCUCGUCGACUUGAUCAACAAAUAUGCUGACGGUUAUCGGGCAAUGUCCGCUGCCGAUGCGGGCGAGAGACUUUUCGACCUGACGACUGCCAUCGCCUCGGCUAGUGUUGCAUUCGAGAACAGCAUACGUAUCAAUUAUGCCGGCGGCCUGUACGGUCACGGCGGCUCAGGGACGCCUCAUGAUGGAGCGAACGGCGAGUCCGGUUCCAUCGGUUCCUCGACAACAGUAGAAAUGUACAAUCAGACUAUUCCAUCGGCUCCUCAUAUCCUCUUUCAUCCAGAUCAGAUUGCCAUGACCCUGAGAGAUAUCGAGAAUGACUACUUUCUGGGGAGCUCGGACAGCAUCAUGGGAUGUGCGCGAUCUCUACGAAUAAUGCUUGAUAGGCUGUCUUUCUUUGCCAAUCUAAAGCCGACAGAUGCGUUAUUCCAGGCGUACCAGAAGGAAGAAGGUAAACUGUUUAUUCUCCAUUCCGGAACAGAUACGCCCACCUCUAUCACAUCCAUCGCAAAGUCCCUUGAGAAGGCUCAAAGGUACUUUCGCCAAAUCGGCUCCGGGUUGGACUUGUACGGACAUGUCCCAGCUUGGGUCCCGCGCGGCUCUUACGACUUCUACAAAAGGCAACUUGACGAUAUCCUCUCCGGCUUCACCGAUAUCGAAACCAACUACGUGACGUUUCAGCAGGAGGCGAUUACCCAAGUAAAGAAGCGCGACGUCAUCACCCACAGCAAAGCUACGGCCAGGACGCUCAUGAGUCGUGCCCGUCAAGAUAUCGCACGGCUUAAUACAGAACUAGGAGCAACAUCUAUUAUGAUACAAAGCCUUCCGACCGACUUCAAGGUGAAACGAGAGGCUCUCAUGAACUCCAUCAAAGCCGCGGGUAACAAAAUCGACCAAAACAAGUUCAGCGUCUCCUUACCAGACUUCUUAGCUGCAGCCGCGCAAUUCGCCUUUGCUCCAGGACUUCCAAUGGCCAGUAUCCAAGCAGCGAGUCUCAUCACUGGAGGUGUGACACAAGUCCAAGACGAUAAUGACACACAUGUUAACAAAGCCUACCUUGUGAACAAGAUAAUGGCUAUUAAGGCUGACAUGGAUGGCCUGAAAGAAGGCUUGACUGUCGGUCCCGGGGGAGAUUCGCUCACCAUCGAUGACCCCGGGGCGGCGAAACUCCUCGUCGAAGAGCACAGUCUCAUGGCCCUGAUCGGCCAAUACCGGGGCCUCUUGGGCGACAGCUCUGUUACCAGAAUCAAGGCUAAGUUCGAGGAAUACGUAAAUACGGUUCUAAUGCGGAACAACUAUGUAAUUCGCUAUAACGCCGUCCUUACUCUCAUUGCCCAGUCUCACGGGAUCAUCGAUUCGCAACAGCAUCAGCUAGAUCUCCUUGCCCGUCAGUCCGUCCAUGAUAUCGACCCAGAUCUGCCCGGAUUGGCAGUAUUUGUCGAACAGGUCUUCUUCGACGCUGCGGCACAGGUUUUGAAAGUGCUCUACCGUGCCGAGCGAGCUCUCACCUUCUGGACUCUGGCUGCGCCCGUUAGCAAUCUCUCCACCCUGCGGCAAGGCGGGUUCGUCCGGCCAAAUCACGGUACCAAUUCGCUAUAUUCUUCCUUCGUUUCCGCCAAGAACAAUAUCAUCGCUGCAUACGCCGACGCCAUCGAAAACUCAACGAACCAGUCCCAAAAGUUCGGCGACUCUAUACCGAUCAAGGUCUAUCUCAGCCAAGACGACCUUGCCGAUCUGCAGACGGGCGUCUACGUCACGCUCCCCGCCGCCCGAUCCACGACCCAGAAGGUGGACAACCCGUUCGCCGACUGCGCCGAUGUGCGCCUGUCGCGAGUCCGGUUCUACGUGAAGGGCGCUAAGACGUCGGAUAGCAUGUUGGAUGUCUCGCUAGAGCAUAUGGGCAACGAGACGGUCGUCGACGUCAACGACGGUUUGCAUGUCUUCGUCCACAACGCCCUCCAUUUCAAAUUCCAGUACAACCUCGACACCGGCGCGAUCCAAACCGACGGCGACAUGGCGAGUCUCGUCAACAAGGAAUUAGCCCUGCCGGGGCCGUUUGCCCAGUGGAGGAUUGCCGUUAACGAUAGCUACAACAAUGAUCUCGAUAUGUCGGAAGUCACUGACGCGUGGUUCGAGUUCUCGGGAUGGAGUAGGUCGUUCGGCUGAGUUGAGAUGGGUGCUGUUGAUUCAUACGAUGUGUCGGUUUUGAGUUUGUUUUGUUUUUAUUAUUACACGCAGCAAACUGCGAGGUUUCUGCUCGCUCUAUGCGGCGCAGCUAUCAUCUAGGCUUCUAGGAACUGGAUCUAAGAUUCUAGUCGUGGUAGUAGUAGCCAUCGCAAU